AUGCAGGCUACUGCAUCCAACCCUGAACCAGUUUUAGAAUCUACAGAUAUUGGUAGUAACGUGCUACCCAACACAACCACUUUGGAAACUCAGCUGGAAGAAAGUGGUACAGCCAUCAGUGUAGUAUCAUCUAAUCUAAGUGAAAGCAGUCACUCUUCUACUACCACUACAGCUACAUUAGCAGCAUCAUCAUGGGUAACUGCUCACCAUCCCGCUGCUUCCAUGAACUCGUCCGACUCGACAGACUCGUUGUUAGCAACGGUCCGUAUACUGGCAGCAGCAGAGUCAUCUAGCAUACAUCAAAUUCCGCAUCAAUCAGAGAGCAAUAGAAAUUCCACUAAUAGUGCAACAGUAAUGAAUGGUAUUUCAGGCAGCAGUGCUUCACAUAGACCAUAUGCUGUAGCAAGCGGACAAGCGCGGGGGCAUUUGAUGGGGGCAGUAGAACCACUCGAAGCUGUUAGACAUCAAUCUAGUAUGAAUUCCACUAGUCCUUUUGGAGGAAAGCAUCAUACUUUAAAACACUCUCAUGUCAAUAGUAGUCAUUAUAACCCAUCCUCACUGACUACAGCUGCUGCUUUAGUUGCUGCGCCUGAAGCUAUUGGCACCAUCAGCGCGUCCCGUUUGGAGUCCACUGCAAUAGCUUCGACCACAACCGUGCUGGACUUGGGUGACGACGAUACAGUGCCUGUAGCUAGCUGGGGAACCAUGGCAUCAUCCAGACUUGUAUCUAUGGGACCUGGUGGUGAAGACGACGAUGACGAAGAUCAUGACGGCGAUGCUUCAGGUAAAGGUAGGCGUUUUACAGGAUCCAAGUGUGCCUAUACUAUUAUUUAG